AUGAAGCUGAUUCGGGAUGUUCUCGGCCUCGCCGGGAUCGACGUGUCCGUCUUCGAGUUGAUCGAAACUCACCUCUAUAUCAAGGUCGGCAUACUCGUCGUCGCCCUCAGCCUGGGGCUGUCGCUCGUCUUUGCAUCACAGAAGAACCUUCCCAAUGCUGUGGCCGUGUUGCCUACCUCUUCCGACUUUCACCAUGCCAAGCUGGUGCAAAAGGUUCACCUAUCUCACAACACUGCGUUGUAUCGGUUUCAAAUUCCCCACCCCGUCGGACAUAUGCCUGGACUCUCGCCCGAACCCAUCCUCGGUCUGCCUAUCGGGCAACACAUCAGUUUGACUGCUGAGAUCAAUGGAAAAGAGAUUCAACGAAAGUACACGCCUACCACGCUCGACGGAGAGGACCCCGGUCAUUUCCACCUGGUCGUCAAGACUUAUGACCAGGGUAACAUCUCCAAAUAUCUCUCGCUACUUACCCUCGGCCAGACCGUCAAGGUCAAGGGGCCCAGCGGAAGGUUCAAGUACGACAAGAACCUCGCCCCUCAUCUUCUCAUGAUCGCUGGUGGUACCGGUAUCACUCCUAUGUACCAAAUCAUCAAGGCUUCGGUUCAGGAUCCCGAGGACAAGACUCAGCUUCGACUCAUUUACGCCAAUGUCAACCAGGACGACAUCCUCUUGCGGGAUGAACUCAAGGGUCUCGAGCGAAAGGCUGCAGGCCGUCUCAAGGUUCACUAUGUCCUCAACAACCCCCCGGAGAAGUGGACUGGUGGAACUGGUUUCGUCACCAGUGACAUGAUUGAGCAGUACAUGCCUGAAGGUGGGCCCAAGGUCGAAAAGAGCAAGGUCUUGCUAUGCGGACCUCCUCCCAUGAUCGAGGCGAUGAAACGCAACCUUGUUGGCCUCGGUUACCCUGCCCCGAAAGCUCUGUCCAAGCUUGAAGACCAGGUCUUCAACUUUUAG